UUUUGUCUCCUUAGGUAUGGCUGACUGGGUUUGAGAAAAAUAUAAUCAGGCAACGUGAAGGACAACUAUAACUCCUGAAGAAGGUAGGACCUCGCAAAGGGAAAAGUUGCCCUCCUCUGCUCAGUAUGGCAGCUCGCCGUGCAUUAAAGGCAGUACUGGUUGAUCUCAGUGGAACUCUGCACAUUGAAGACUCUGCCAUACCUGGAGCACAAGAAGCUCUCAAAAGACUGCGGAGUGCUCCAUUUGCUGUCAAGUUUGUGACCAAUACCACUAAAGAGUGUAAAAGGACACUGUUUGAGAGGCUGAAAAAGCUGGAGUUUGAUCUCGCCGAAGAUGAGAUUUUUACAUCCCUGACUGCAGCCAGAAACUUAUUAGAGCAUAAGCAGGUUAGACCAAUGCUGCUGGUGGAGGACAGCGCCCUGGAGGACUUUCAAGGAAUUGACACUAGUGAUCCCAAUGCGGUGGUGAUAGGAUUAGCUCCAGAGCACUUCAACUAUCAGACAAUGAACAGUGCCUUUAGACUAAUUCUUGAUGGCGCGCCGCUGAUUGCAAUACACAAAGCCAGGUACUACAAGAGGAAAGAUGGUUUAGCACUGGGACCGGGGCCAUUUGUCACUGGUCUCGAAUAUGCUGCGGACACAAAAGCAACUGUAGUGGGAAAACCAGAGAAAACAUUCUUCCUUGAGGCUCUCCGAGACCUUGGCUGUUCUCCAGAGGAGGCUGUUAUGAUUGGUGAUGAUGCAAGAGAUGAUGUUGGUGGUGCACAAAAUGCUGGCAUGCUGGGAAUAUUAGUGAGAACUGGUAAAUACCGACAAGGAGAUGAAGGGAAAAUAAAUCCAUUGCCCUAUCUGACUUGUGACAGCUUUCCCCAAGCGGUGGAGCAUAUCAUUGAGAACCUUCUUUGACAGGGGGACAGCAUGGAUUAAAUACUUGAAGAAUAUUAGUAGACAAAAAAAUACCAUGGGAAAAGACAAGCAUCUAUUUAUCAAGAAUAAUAAUCUAGCCAUAAUUCUUAAAACAUGUAAAACUGUUUUAGAAGUCAACAGGUGUGUGGCAUGUCUUUUAUUGUAAGAUCCUGCCUACUCAAUCUGUGAGACAUUAUGUCUCUUGUAACAAGACACCCUACACAUGACAUCUUAACUUAUUGUAUUUGCUUUUGUGAUUUACUAUACAGGUGGGUUUGUUUUUUAACCUUUAGAAUUGCGCUGUGUGUGGUCUAUGCACAAGGUGACAUCUGUCAUUUUGACAAAUCCUUUGUUGAUUGGUUAAUUCCUGUUCUUGAUUUAUAUUGGCCAAUAUACUCACACUAUUAACUGCUAUUUGAAGUAGAUAGUUGUGGUUUGAUUGUGGCUUUCAGUAGUAGUUAUUUGUAAGAAAAAAUGGUCAAAUCAAUUUCAGGAAGCAUCACAACAGGAGACCCUGUAGGUAUCAUAUGGUAUGUAGAUCAGUCUCCUUAUCAUUACACAACAAUUUGGUUAAAUAAUGUUUUAUUGUUUACAAAUAUGGAGUAGUACACGUAAACCACAAACCUGUUUUAUGUAACUAUCAAAACUGUUUAGGUCCUGCUCUGUAUUCAGUUUUAGUACUGCAACAAUGUUAAAACUGCCUUAUUAGAAGAUGCAAUGUUCAAAUGCGUAAUUCAAAAGCUAAUGUUAAAUAAAGGUGUUUAACACCAUAUGAAGGCGUGGGCAUGGAUCAUCACUGCUUAAUGCUGGGUUGUGUUGUGUGUUAAUUGUAAAGCAAUUUGUUGUUACGAAUGCUGAUAUCAUUUGUAACAACAUUUCAGACACUAAACUUAAGAGACUAGCAGCAUUUUUUUUUAAUUAAAGUAGCAAGAAUAGUGUCCUAUAGCUAUGUAACUAAUAUUCUAGCAAAAUCAAGCCCAACUAAAUAUUUUCCUGUGUUAUGUUUUGUUUUUAUAAAAUAGUUUCAAAAGUGGUGUUGCUGGGAACCUCUGAUUUGGGGCAAUUAUCAAUAGCAUUAUUUUGUGUGACUACCCAAUUAACUUGAUAUAGUAAUGGCCCAUCAGCAGUUUCAACUUGCCAGAAAACAGUUUCUAUUAUAAUGCCCCUUUU